AUGACUGAAGAAGAAAUAGGAAAAAUGAAUCGAAAAUUACAAAAAAUGAUCGAUAAAUCCGAAGUUGAUGAUACAAUUGCACGAGAUUUACUGAAUCGUUUACAAGAAUCACGUAUUACACUUAGUAUUCUUCAAAAAACUGGUAUUGGAAAAACAGUAAAUAAUUUACGACGAGUUAUUGCAAAUGAAGACUUAUCAACUGUAGCUAAAAGCUUAUUAAAAAAUUGGAAGAAACUUGUACCAGAAUCUUCAUCUACGCCAAUAAGUAAGGAUGAAAAACAAACCACACCAACAAAUAGUAAUAAUAAUAGUCAACAACCACAAGAAACUAAUACAAAUACUAAUAAAACUAUUGAAACAAGUAAAUCUAUUGAACGUCAAAAUUCACAAUCAACAUCAAGUAGUGUUACAGCAUCACAUACCUAUGAUGAAGUUAGAUUAAAAUCUCGUGAACUUAUGGCAGCUGCUUUUUCAAUCUCAGAGCUUCCAGGAGGAUCAGCGGAUCCUGUAGAACUCGCUGCUCGAGUUGAAGAUGCUAUUUUUAAAGAGCUGAGAGAUACAGGUGUUAAAUAUCGAAAUCGUAUUCGUAGCCGUAUAUCAAAUUUAAAGGAUUUAAAAAAUCCUAACCUUCGUAUCAAUGUUCUUCUAGGUAUUAUUACACCUGAACGACUAGCUGUACUUACUGCUGAAGAAAUGGCAAGUGAUGCUUUAAAAGAAGAACGUACAAAAUUACAUGAAAGUGCUAUUAAUGAACAUCAACUUGCUAUGGAUGAAGGUACUGGUACUGAUCUUAUUCAAUGUAACAGAUGUAAACAAAAUAAUUGUGCAUAUACAGAAGCUCAAACACGUAGUGCUGAUGAACCAAUGACUUUAUUUGUUUUUUGUAAAAAUUGUGGUCAUCGAUGGAAGAUGUAA